GGGAGCGGGGCCGCCGAGAGCAGCUGCUGCCAGCCCGGGCCCAGGAGGCGUCCUGCCGGGCGACAUGAACACCAUCAAGAACGUGCCGGCGCGGGUGCUGAGCCGCCGAGGGGGGCACAGCCUGGAGGCGGAGAGGGAGCAGUUCGACAAGAACCAGGCUAUGAGCAUCAGCAAAGCAAUCAACACUCUGGAAGCACCAGUCAAAGAGAAACAUGCCCGCAGAAUUAUUCUGGGGACUCAUCAUGAGAAAGGAGCAUUUACUUUUUGGUCAUAUGCAAUUGGUCUCCCUUUGCCCAGCAGCGCCAUCCUCAGUUGGAAGUUUUGCCACGUUCUCCACAAAGUCCUCCGCGAUGGGCAUCCAAAUGUUCUUCAAGAUUGUCAGCGAUAUCGAAGUAACAUCCGAGAAACUGGAGACCUGUGGGGCCACCUACAUGAUCGAUACGGCCAGCUUGUAAACAUUUAUACCAAACUUUUGCUCACCAAAAUCUCCUUCCAUCUAAAGCACCCAGAAUUCCCCCCAGGCCUGGAAGUGACUGAUGAAGUGCUAGAAAAGGCUGCGGGAACAGAUGUGAAUAACAUCUUUCAGCUGACAGUUGAGAUGUUUGAUUACAUGGAUUGCGAACUCAAACUGGCAGAAUCAGUUUUCAGACAGCUCAACACCUCCAUGGCUGUCUCCCAGAUGUCAGCAGUUCAGUGCCGGCUGGCUCCCCUCAUUCAAGUGAUCCAAGACUGCAGCCACCUCUACCAUUACACCGUGAAGCUGAUGUUCAAGCUCCAUUCCUGUCUCCCGGCUGAUACGCUGCAAGGGCAUCGUGACCGUUUCCACGAGCAGUUCCGCAGCCUCAAAAGCUUUUUCAAAAGAGCAUCGGACAUGCUGUAUUUCAAGCGGCUCAUCCAGAUCCCACGGCUGCCUGAGAACCCACCUAACUUUCUGCGGGCAUCAGCCCUGGCCGAGCACGUGAAGCCUGUUGUGGUGAUCCCAGAAGACGAAGCCCCUGAGGACGAAGAGCCAGAGAACCUGAUUGAGAUCAGUACAGCCCCGACUGUGGAGCAACAGAAUGUGUCGUCUGAUAUAUUUGAACAGACUUUUGGACCACCCAAUGGAAUAAGAGAUGAUAGGGAUCUCCAAAUUGAAAACCUGAAGAAAGAAGUUGAUCUUCUUCGAGCAGAGCUGGAGAGGAUUAAGCUUGAGGCUCAGAGAUACAUCACUCAGCUGAAGGCCCAGAUUAACAGCCUGGAGGCGGAGGUGGAAGAGCAGCGGAAGCAGAAGCAGAAGGCCCUGGUGGACAACGAGCAGCUCCGGGAUGAGCUGGAGAGGCUGCAGAAGGCAAAGCUGGAGGGAGACAAGAGUCGAGGGCUCUACCUAGAAGCAGAAAAGAAGGCCAGCGCCACAGAAACCCGCUACAUCAAGCUAAAGGAGAAGCACAAUGAGUUGAUCAACACACACGCAGAGCUCCUGAGAAAGAAUGCAGACACGGCCAAGCAGCUGACAGUUACCCAACAGAGCCAAGAGGAGGUUGCCCUUGUCAAGGAGCAGCUGGCCUUCCAGAUGGACCAAGUCAAACGGGAGUCAGAAAUGAAGUUAGAAGAUCAUAUGUUGCAGAUGGAGCAGGUGAAGAGAGACCUGGAAUCUAAGAAAGAGGAAUUGGCUCAGCUUCAGCAGUCACUCAGCCGUUCCAAGCAGGCCGGUUCAGACCUCAACACCCAACUGGAAGCCCUCCAGGCCGAGAAGGAGACACUGAGGAAAGUGGUCAGUGAGAAAGACUGUGAGCUCAUCUCAACAAAGGGCCUGAUCCAAGAAAAGGAGCUGCUCUUGAGCCAGGAAGCAGAGAAGAGAGUAAAGGAAGUUCAGGAGCUGCAAGGGAAGCUCUUGGAAAAGAAAGGUCAGGAACAGAACCUGCAGCAGAAACUCCUGGAGGAGCAGUUCAGCAUCCUGCAAGGGACAGUGAAAGAGGCUGAGGGCAUCAUUCAGGACGCCGUUGCCAAGCUAGACGAUCCUUUGCACAUCCGAUGCACCAGUUCACCAGAUUACCUCGUCGGCCGCGCACAAGCAGCACUGGAGUCAGUGAACGCUGUGGAAAGUGGACAUGGGCGCUACCUGUCCAACCCGGCAGAUGUCACUGGAUUAGUUGGUGCUCUGGCCCAAUUUGCCCACCUGACUGCAGACACCAUUGUGAAUGGCAGUGCCACUUCCCACCUGGCGCCCACAGAUCAUGCAGACAAAUUGACUGAAACCUGCCGGGACUGUGGGCAGCAGAGUCUGGACUAUCUGAGCAAGCUGAAAGACAAACAAUCUCUCCGACAAGCAGAUCUGGCAGACGUGAAGAAGAGGCUGCAGGGACUUCUUCAGCUGGGACAGGAAUUGAGGCCCAAAAGCUUAGACAUCCGGCAAGAAGAACUUGGCGACAUGGUUGACAAAGAGAUGGCCUCCACCUCUGCUGCAAUCGAAGACGCGGUCAGGAGGAUAGAGGAAAUGAUGAAUCAGGCCAGAAUAGAGAGUUCUGGUGUGAAAUUAGAAGUAAAUGAAAGAAUCUUGAACUCUUGCACAGACUUGAUGAAGGCAAUCAGGCUUCUUGUGAUGACAUCUACACAUUUACAGAAGGAGAUAGUAGAAAGUGGAAGGGGGGCAGCAACACCGCAGGAGUUUUAUGCCAAGAACUCCCGUUGGACCGAGGGACUCAUCUCUGCUUCUAAAGCCGUGGGAUGGGGAGCAACACAGCUUGUAGAGUCUGCGGACAAAGUUGUUCUACACACAGGCAAAUAUGAGGAACUGAUUGUCUGUUCGCACGAAAUCGCAGCCAGCACAGCUCAGCUUGUAGCUGCCUCCAAGGUGAAAGCCGAGAAGCACAGCAGAAACCUAGGAAAGCUCCAGGAAUGCUCGCGCACCGUCAAUGAAAUGGCCGCCAACGUCGUGGCUUCCACAAAGUCAGGCCAAGAGCAGGUUGAAGACAAAGAGACCAUGGACUUCUCUGGAAUGUCCUUAAUCAAACUUAAGAUGGAGGAAAUGGAGACACAGGUGAAAGUGCUGGAGUUGGAAAAGACCCUGGAGAAUGAGAGGCUUCGUCUCGGUGAGCUGAGAAGGCAGCAUUAUGCCUUGGCUGGUGUUGACUAUGAGACCGCAGAGGGGGGGAAACCAACAGUUGCCCGCAAGCCAGGCAGCUUAAAGAAGCCUCCGGUUGCUCAGAAGCCUGUCCAGUCCCUGAAGCCAGCCUGUGAGGAGGAUGGUGUGUUCCAGGCACAUGUUGUCAACUUCUAAGGUGUAAAUGGCAAACAACGCAACCUGGAAAGGAAGAGAAGAGCAAAGGGCAUCCAGCAAAGGGCG